UUCCCCCAAUGAUAUUCUUCAGUUUAUUUUAGUCUGCUACUCACUCAGUCAGCAGCAAGACAACAUGGUGAUUACAACUCCCUGCUUCAGACUAUUAAUGCUUGAAGUUAUUCUGCUGGGGACACAUGUUCAAAAUGGCUUUAACCAAAAAAACGGGUGCAGCUACUCUUCAUGUGUCUCCUAACAGAUUCCAACACUUUCAGUAUGAGCGUUUAUCUUUUGAUUGUGAGAGCCCUGAUGGUUCUACUGAACUGAGAGGAGUCAAAACCACUGAGGAAAAGUUAGAAUCUUUUAGUCCAGUAUGUAACAGUAAAAGAACUUCGUCUUCAUGCACAAUUUCUCAAACUUAUCUAACAGACAGUGCAGAGUACUGGUGUGAGGAUAAAGGGGGUCAGAGAAGCAACAGUGUCAACAUUACCAUAACUGCUGGUUCUGUGAUCCUAGAGAGUCCAGUUUUCCCUGUUUUUGAGGGACACAAUGUGACUCUCCGCUGCAUAAGCAAGACAACUCACACCAACCAAAGUGCAAAUUUCUACAAAGAUGAUGGCCUCAUAGACCGGAGCCCUUCUGACAACAUGCACAUUAACAGUGUUUCCAGGUCUGAUGAAGGACGAUACAAGUGCAGCAUUUCUGGUGUUGGAACAUCACCAGAAAGCUGGCUUCAUGUCAGAUCAGAUGCUUCACCAGAGACCCUGUCAGAUGACUCCAAUUCCAAUCCUGUCUUAAUCCUGCUGUGGACUGUGUUGCCUAUUUUAGUGAUAAUAUUGAUACUGCUGGUAGUCAGAUUUCUUAAUAUUUGCAAACACAGAGUUUCCUCAAAGACAUCAGCAGCGACAAACUCACAUGGAGACCAUCCAGGAGAUGAUGACAUGUUAUACUCUGGAGCCAUUUACUACACCUUACGCCCGGGUGAGACUAAACUCAAAGGUCGCAAAAAGAGAACUGACUGA